AUGAAGAAAGCUAUUGAGAAUACAAUCUUCAACUCUCGACUCGGUGAAAAAAAAGGAACUUUUUGCAAACACAAGUUGCGGCAGUUCAAUGGUUUUGCUCGAGCAAGAGGAUCGGUAUGCACUCUGUCUGUGUCAAUGUGGCAGCAGCUUAGUACUACUCAGCAUGAAAGAGUCAACCUGAAAUUGGUCGUUAUCCAUUAUCACCGUCAUCAUGCUAACUUUCAAGUUCCGGAAACUAUGUGGGCACAUGGCAUCUUCCUUACUCUUUUUACAUUAUCUCUCUUGUUAGGACAAUCAUGCUGUGAAACAGAUACGCUGCUUCAGGGGCAGUACUUAAAAGAUGGGCAAGAGCUCGUUUCAGCUUUCAAUAUCUUCAAACUCAAGUUUUUCAACUUCAAGAACACGAGCAACUUGUAUCUUGGGAUUUGGUAUAACAGUUUGUAUCUCAAUGACAUCCAGGACAGAGCUGUCUGGAUUGCUAACCGCAACAAUCCAAUUCCGGGACGCCCUGGAAGCCUCACAGUUGACUCUCUUGGCAGAUUGAAGAUUUUAAGAGGAGCAUCAAGCCUGCUUGACCUGAGUUCUACAGAAACCUCAAGAAACACGACCCUUAAGCUGUUGGAUUCCGGAAAUCUUCAGCUGCAGGAGAUGGAUUCUGAUGGAUCGAUGAGGCGGGUUUUGUGGCAAAGUUUUGAUUAUCCGACGGAUACUCUUCUUCCUGGGAUGAAACUCGGUUACAGCGCCAAGACCGGGAUGAGAUGGGAGCUGACUUCAUGGCUAGGUGAUACUUUACCUGCUUCUGGAUCAUUUGUCUUUGGGAUGGAUGCUAAUAUUACAAACCUGUUGACCAUCUUGUGGCGUGGGAACAUGUAUUGGGCAAGUGGGCUCUGGUUUAAGGGUCAGUUUUCCUUGGAGGCAUUUAACAACUACAAAUCCGUCUUCUCUUUUGUUUCAAACGAGAGUGAACACUAUUUUAUGUUUUCGGUUGAUGGCCACUAUUCUGAAACAGUGUUUCCCAGCAUAACGAUAGACCAGCAAGGAGUAUUGCAUAUAAACAGGCUUGAUAGAGAGCAAGCGCGUGUCCGUUGUUCUCCUUUCACUUUGAGUGAAGAGGCUAUUCUCAUGGAUUGGUAUGGGAGAAAUCGCAGCGAUUGGUACAGGGAAAAUUCCAGCGAUUGUUAUGGGAAUAAAACCAGGGAUUGUUUGCAGGCUGGUUGCAUAGUCCCGGAUAUGCCUUAUGGGUUCCUGAAUUGUUCGCCCUAUCGUUCUAACUAUUUCAAAAAGAGAGUAUCAGCUUUCCCAGGCCAUGGAUCUGUACUUAACGAGACUGGUGGAAGACACAGUUCAGCUGAUUGCCAAGCUAUAUGUCUGCAAAACUGUUUUUGUCUUGCCUAUGCUUCGACCAAUGUGGAUGGUACGGGCUGUGAGAUCUGGAAUGAUCCCUGCCAGAUCGGGAAUACUGAUUCUACCAACAACAGGUCGUCUUCUCCGAGUCCCAGAACUAUAUAUAUUCAUGAACAAAGUACGGAAUGCGUGGAAAUAGAUUCGAGAAAAGAAACUUCUUACUCUGUGGUAAACCGAGAGAAGGGAAAUGCAGUAAUUUGGCUAGUUGUUGUGGCAUCAGUAUUUCUAAUCAUACUUGUGACUUGCCUCGUCACCUAUCUUGUUCUGAGGAAAUUUAAACUAAAAGUAACUGACGUAUUUCGCGGAACAUUCUACUUCCUAUGGGGGAAAAUCACUCAACAAAGCAAGGCCGCGUUUUACUUUUUACGGGGUGAAAUCAUUCCACCAAUUAAGGCGGCGUUUUACUUUCUCUGGAGAAAAAUCAUUCCACAAAUGAUUGGUGUCAUAAGGAGGAGGCUUCAAACACUGAAGUACGGUUCAACAAUAGACCGUGAAUUGUUACUGCGUGAAUUGGGAAUUGAUAGGAGAGACCGGCACAGGAGAAGUUCAAGGAAGAAUAAUAAUGAACUUCAUAUCUAUAGCUUUGAAAGUGUAGCCUUGGCAACUGAUUACUUCUCUGAUGAGAACAAGCUCGGUGAAGGAGGUUUUGGUCCUGUGUAUAAGGCGUGGAAUCUAUUUAAAGAGAACCAAAUUCGCAAGAUGAUGGAUCCAUCUUUGGGAGAUUCUGCACAUGAGAACCCUCAAGUGUUGAGAUGCGUUCAAGUUGCUCUCUUGUGUGUACAAGAAAACGCAGAGGAUAGACCAAGUAUGUUAGAUGUUGUGUCCAUGAUAUACGGUGACGGAAAUAAUGCUCUUUCUUUGCCUAAAGAGCCAGCUUUCUAUGGUGGUCUACGGGGAAGCUCCCCGGAGAUGGAGGUUGAGCCAGCGGAGCAGGAAAAUGUAACAGAGAAUAGAGUUACCAUCACGGUGAUGGAAGCAAGGAAUCAGCUCUCGGAUUCAUGGGUUCACUUCUUGAUAAUGAGUCAGGAAAUUUUUGCAAAACAAGUUGCUGUAGUUCAAUGGUUUUGCUCGAGCAAGAGGAUCGGUUUUCACUCUGUGUGUUUCGUUGCGGCAGCUGCUUACUCAGGACAAUCAUGUUGUGAAACAGAUACGCUGCUUCAGGGGGAGUACUUGAAAGAUGGGCAGGAGCUCGUUUCAGCCUUCAAUAUCUUCAAACUCAAGUUUUUCAACUUCAAGAACUCGAGCAACUUGUAUCUUGGGAUUUGGUACAACAAUUUGUAUCUUAAAGAUAUCCAGGACAGAGCUGUCUGGAUUGCUAACCGCAACAGUCCAAUCCCGGGACGCCAUGGAAGCCUCACAAUUGACUCUCUUGGCAGAUUGAAGAUUUUAAGAGGAGCAUCAAGCUUGCUUGACCUGAGUUCUACAGAAACCUCAAGAAACACGACCCUUAGGCUGUUGGAUUCCGGAAAUCUUCAGCUGCAGGAGAUGGAUCCUGAUGGAUCGGUGAGGCGCGUUUUGUGGCAAAGUUUUGAUUAUCCGACGGAUACUCUUCUUCCUGGGAUGAAACUCGGUUACAGCGUCAAGACCGGGAAGAGAUGGGAGCUGACUUCAUGGCUAGGUGAUACUUUACCUGCUUCUGGAUCUUUUGUCUUUGGGAUGGAUGCUAAUAUUACAAACCUAUUAACCAUCUUGUGGCGUGGGAACAUGUACUGGGCAAGUGGGCUCUGGUUUAAGGGUCAGUUUUCCUUGCAGGGAUUUAACAAUUACGAACCCGUCUUCUCUUUUGUAUCAAACGAGAGUGAACACUAUUUUAUGUUUUCAGUUGAUCGCCACUAUUCUGAAACAGUAUUUCCCACGAUAAUGAUAGACCAACAGGGCAUUUUGCAUAUAUACAGAGUUGAUGGAGAGCGAGCGCAUGUCCGUUGUUCUCCUUUCACUUUCGAUGAACAACGUUAUGAUCGUUACGAACAGGGUAAUUAUGAUCGUUAUGAGCGAAAAAUCGGGGAUGGUUUGCAGGCUGGUUGCGUAGCCCCGGAUAUGACAUUCCAGAAUUGUUUGCCCAAUCAGCUUAUUUCAAAGAGAACGUUUCAGCUUUCUCAGGCAAUGGAUUAUUUCAAAGAGACUGUAUCAGCUUUCCCAGGCAAUGGAUUUUUACUUAAUGAGACUGGUGGAAGGCUUAGUUCAGCUGAUUGCCAUGCUAUAUGUCUGCAAAACUGUUCUUGUCUUGCCUAUGCUUCGACCAAUGUGGAUGGUACGGGCUGUGAGAUCUGGUAUACUGAUCCUACCAACAAAAAAUCGUCUUCUCAUAAUCCCAGGACUAUAUAUAUUCGUGUAAAAGAAGCUGUGGUAGACGAAAAGAAUGAGAAGGCGGCAACUUGGCUAGUUGUUGUGGCAUCACUGUUCCUAAUAUUACCUGUGACUUGGUUUAUCAUAUAUCUUGUUCUAAGGAAAUUUAAAGUAAAAGUAACUGUCAUAUUCCGCAGAAUGUUUAACUAUUUAUGGAGAAAAGUCAUUCCACAAAGUAAGGCUCAGCUGACUAACUUUUGUAUAAGCAUGAGGCUUCAAACACUGAAAGACGGUUCAACAAUAGACCGUGAAAUUUUACUGCGUGAAUUGGGAAUUGAUAGGAGAGGCCGGCACAGGAGAAAGAACCGAAUUCGCGAGGUGAUAGAUGCGUCUCUAGGAGAUUCCGCACUUGAGAACCCUCAAGUGUUGAGAUGCGUACAAGUUGCUCUCUUGUGUGUACAAGAAAAUGCAGAGGAUAGACCAAGUAUGUUAGACGUUGUGUCUAUGAUAUAUGGUGACGGAAACAAUGCUCUUUCUUUGCCUAAAGAACCAGCUUUCUAUGAUGGUCCCCGGAGAAGCUCGCCGGAGAUGGAGGUUGAGCCACUGGAGCCGGAAAAUGUAACAGAGAAUAGCGUUACCAUCACGGUGAUGGAAGCAAGGUGA